AAAUAUGUUUUUUUUUCUGUCAAAUGUCAACAUCCGGGUCGGUCUAACAAUUUACAUAUAUUUGUGCAAAUAUUAAAUUUGAAUAAUAUAGUAAACAAUUCCUAAAAAUAGCAUAUACAAAAGAAAUAAGUAAAAAGAAUUAAGUUCUAGUUACAUAUUGUCGUGGGUAUAUAUCUUGAUUCACACCAUAUUUGACUGUGCGGCAUCUUAAAACUAUGAGUGAACCAUUGCGAAAAAUGUCUACACUAGUAGUUCAAUCUCGUUUUGCCGGCCUGAAAAUAGAAGACGAUGAACAAGCUUCUAACGAUAGUCAAAAAAACAAAAAAAAUAAAACUCCUCCACCUAAAAAGGCAGAGCCACCUAAAAAGCCUUUAAAAAUAACCAACACUAAACCUCAGCCAAGUUUGGGGAAAAAGCGUAAGCAUAAGCCCGUAGAAGCUACAACUGAACAAUGGGAGAUGUGGAAGCAAAAGGAUGAAGAAAUUGUUGAUGGAAACUUUGAAACACAACUCCAGGAGGCAAUAUUGCUUUCCAAGCUUGACUAUGAAGAAAAAAAGGAUGUUUACCAACAAUUAAAACAAGAGGCUGAUUUGGUAAAGAAAUUAGAGGAACAAACACGCCCUGGCCACAAGAAACAGAAAAAGAAGAAUGUCAUGAGUCUUGAACAGUUCAAUGACAUGAUCACCCAUGGAGAGGAACCUAAUUUUGUUAAUGUCAUGUCAGAGAAAAAUUCAUCCAUUGACUUAAAGCCCGAAAAAGACACGAAAUUCUUUGACAGAGUCCAAAGUGACACAAGGAAUGAGCUCCUGAAAGAGAAGAUAAUUACUAGGGUGCGUCAUCAGACAGUUUCAGAUGAGAUCAUUACAAGGAUUCAAUUUACAGAAGCAUUGGAGAAAAAGGAUAAAGAAAUAGCAGCCCUUAAACAGGAGAUUGCAGAUUUAAAGAGAGAGCUUUUAACAGUGAAAUCAAGGAAUAAAAAACUUUGCAACAUACUUGGACAGGGUGAAAUGAAAGAUAAGGCGGAAAUAUUAAUUGAGGUGGAAAAACUUCGAUCGUUCCAAUCAGAAUUGACGGCUGAUAUUGCUUCUCUUCACACAGAACUUGAAAAGGAAAGAUCACGGAAUACAGAUUCAAGGAUCAAAGACAAGAAAAUUCCAAGUAAAAAGAAAAGUAUAGUACGCUUUGAUGUGUCAUCUGAGGCUAUCCUUGCAAAGGAUACAAGCUCUGAAACUAUUUAAACAUAUAUAUAAAUAAAAUUUAAUUACUUCUUGACAAAAUAUGAAUAAAAAAAAUCGCAAAAGUGCAAAGUUGUUUACAUUUAUUUUUGUUAUAAAAGCUUAAAUUUUCUUUCCGAACAAUGACUAAUUAGCCAGUAAUAUUUAUAACUUUUAUAAAAAAGAAACUUAUUUAUUAUCAUUAUAUAUGAUGGUUAGUAAUUUGAGUUUUAAUAAUAUGUACGCUUUUUUUUCUUAUAUUCUAUUUUGAACCAUUUGAUUGGAUUACAUUUAAAUUGUUAAAUUCAGUUCAAUUUGUAUGUAAAUGGCCUUAUUUAUAUAUUUUCAGUAGUUUUUUUUUGUCUAUUGAUUUCAAUAUAUAUUUUUUUAUAUAAUGUUCAUGACAUUUAGUAGUGAUAUCCGUACUUUAUGGACAAACAUUUCUAUGUUAUUUUGCUUCAAGAAUUUAUUUGUAGUAAAUAGCUUUUUUCAUUUUAAAACAUGGUAAUACUUUUUGACUUUGUCUUUAUUCUGUUACUUUGUUGAAAUUGCCUUCUCAACGUUGUUCGUGAUUUGUAAGAACCACUUAAAAGGUAGGCAAUAAAUGAAGUGGUUAUGUCUUUUUCAGAAGAAAAAAGGAUGGAAUUCUGAGAGGGACAAAUAGAGUUGAAUUUUCGUCCGUUUUUUAAGCCUAGAUGUCAAGUCACUUGAUACUAUAAAUGUUAGCUGUGUAAGCAAUUUUUUUAACUUAGUAGUCAAUUUGGAUAUCAAAACGACUUCAUGUAUUUCUAUAUAAUAUCUUAUAUGUGUUAGAGAUACAGUAAGAUGAAAUUAGUUGUUGUUAGAAUGGUAUGUAUGAUCGGUAUGUUUGGUAUAUGAAAAAAAAAUUUGUUUAAUGUGAUUUGAUUGCCACUAUGUUAUUAUUUUUUCUUAUUUUCUAAUAAUAGGUUGUAAAUAAAAGCAAAAAAUGAAUAUGCUUACUCAUACUGUAUUUUUUAUAUUAUAUUUUUAGGUUUUACAUUGUGUUGUCUUUACACGUAAGUCAAUGUCUAAGAUGUAUACAUGCCAUCAUAAAUGGGAUGGUUUUUAUAAAAUUUUAGGGCAUACUCUGUAAAAUGUACUCAUUAAGUUAAUACAUUCAUAUAUACGGUAGUAUUAUUUUUAAAAAGAUCUCUAUUUACUUAUAUGAAUAACUAUAUUUUUCUUAUUAUAUUCUUACAAAAACUUUUGAUGAUUGUUUUACUAUCAGUUCUGAUAUAACUGUGAACAUUUUUAAAUUAUUAAAAUCUUUUUUUGAUUUAAUUAUUGUGCGAUCUCUACUUGCUCUGUGAUUUCAUUGUAAUGUUAAAAAUUUAAUUUGAAUGUGUGUAGUUUAUAAAACGAAAUAUGUCUCAAUCAUUUGGAUGUUUUAAAUUAAGGUAUAUAAUAAACCAUAUGAUUA